CGGGGGGGGCCGGGGUGAGGUGGAAUGAGGUGGGAAUGGUGUGGGAUGAGAUUGGGAUGAGGUUGGGAUGGGGCAGGUUCCCUCCCGCAGGGUUUCGGGAGGGGGGAGCUCCGUGCCCGGGUAGGCCCCAGGCCCUUCCCCAGACAUUCCCCCCCCCCCGAGCAGCUGCUUCAUAAAAAUCCUUAUUUCCAGGUAAAACCUUUUGCCUCCCCUGCCCUAGCAAAGCCUUUGAGGGGCAUCUCCAGUGUAGUCAUCCAAUUGCUCCUCGUUCCGUAGGAUCUGAGUAACUCUGCGUGCACCCGGUUCUUAAUUCCUCCUUUUUAGGGCGUUUAAAACGACGCCAUCGCGCGGGAGGGGGUGUUUGUUGGGGUUUUGUUUCUUAAAAGGAUUGGAGCUGAGAGGUUUCUCUUUUCUUCUCCCCGUCGAUGGUUUCGUUAUGGAAGCGCCAAAAGGGAUUUUUUUUUUUUCCCGUUGCAGUGGAGCCUCCAGGAUGUUCCCAGGGAUCGAGCUCUGGGCCGCAAUUCCACAGCUACUGUAUCUGAACCCUUUUUACAAGAUGGGUUCAAAAUCUCUUAAUACAAACAUUUCACUGGAGUUCUGGGGGAAAAAAGUGUUUAAAGUUCUCAUCAGCUUGGAUCAGAGGCCUGCUGAGUGCACCAGAGUUACUCAUUUUUAUUCUGAUUUUCUGGGGUGAAUUCAGUUGAUUUUUGCUUAGCACUCAGAUUGCCACUUUAAAGAAAAAAGGUGUUUAAUUAACUUUGUUUUAUAAUUAAAUUACCUUUAGGGAGUUUAGAACUUUUAAGGUUUUUUUCAUUGGGGUUUUUGUGGGGGUUUUUUUGUUGAUUUUUUUUUUUUGUUAUUGUUGUUAAUUGUUUUAAAGUUUUGCUUUAUUCCCGUUCUUUAAACAAGAUCCAUUCAAAUUCUGAACAGGAAUAUGGAAAUAUGGAAACCCAAAUGUGGAAUAUGGAAAACUGCUGAGCUGAUUUAGUUUAAAGGAACUCAAUCUGAAGGGAUAUUUUCUUUUUUUCCCCCAAGCUGGUGGAUGUAGGAAUGUUGAGUUAUAGGUGUGUCUCACUUCCCAAGGAAAGGAAAUACCACCUUCCAGACCGGGAAUUCCUUGUGAUUUGUGUGUGAAUGCCUUUGCUCAGCCAAGCCAUGACCCUUAAUUACCAUCGAUUGAAGUGUUGCCUUGUGCAAACUGAAGAAUUCGGCCUUGAAACUUAAUCUAAAACUCCCAAAAGCAAAACACUUGGAAAAAUGUGUCUCCUUGAACCUCCACACGUAGGAGCUCCGGGAAUUUUUAGAAUUAGGUUCCAAGGAAUCUGGAUGACACAAAGUCUGUUUUUGAAGGUGCUAAAGGUCAAGAGUGAAUAAUCCCAUGGAUAUGGAAGAAGGGAAGGAAACCCUGCACUUAAAUUCCUGUUUUAUUCCCUUUAUCAAGCAGUCAAAAAACAGUAACACGUAUGAGAACCCAACUUUUCCUCUCUUUAUUUUAGAUUUGGGAAAAUUCCUUGCCAAAAAAACCCAAAACAAAACCUUGGAAAAUUCACUAGUGUUUGUGUGAGUAAAAGGUUCCAACCAUUUAUUACUGAUCUGUGAGAACAAUUUCAUUCAGUUUUGUUCCCCAAGAAUCCGAAAUCCUUUUUGCACAGAAAUGUGCAGUGAAAGGGGUAAAUCACUUUUAUUUGAAUUUUAGCUGGUCUGGUUGCAGGUCAAAAAACGAGAAUCCUAAAAAUCUUAAUGUUAUAAGAAUAUAAAAAUAAGUGCAUGACUUCACAUAAAAAAAAAAAAAUGCUGUAGCUCAAGAAAUCGGGUUCUGGUGGCACCAAAAAAAUCAUCAGCUGGAUUGGACCUAAACCAUUUCCCAAUGAUCUUGCAGCGAUGGAUGAUGAUGGAUCCAUGGAUUAGGGAACAGCAAAUUCGUAGCAUGUGAUGGAAAACCAAAUUAUUUCCCAAAAUCCAAGCGAUUCACAAGCCCUGGUUCCAUGCAGCCAUGCCACUCCCUCCGGGGGCACUUCCCUGCUCCCCAGGGCUUGUCCUUGCUCUGCUUUAUCCUUCCUGCUCCUGCCCUGUCUGCUGAGGGUUAGAGCCAUUCCCGAGGGAUGGACGCCCCUGGGUGGAUGUGUUUGUCCCUGGAUGGCUGUGUUUUUUUUCCCUGGAUGGCUGUGUUUGUCCCUGGAUGGCUGUGUUUGUCCCUGGAUGGCUGUGUUUGUCCCUGGAUGGAUGUGUUUAUGUGUGCACGGAGGGAUGUUUGUGUGCUGCCCCCAAAACCCCCCAUCCCAACUAACCCCUGGCAGCAUCACCCCCGACUCCUAUCCAGAUAUUACGGAGAUAUUUCAUUUUUUCCCCCAUUUUUCUCCAAAUGAGAGGCUUUGCCUGCAGUUUGCUGUGGCAAAUAGCCAGAAAUUCUCAUUUUUUGCUCUCGCUCUCACUUUAUUCUCCCUCCUCUGGCGUGUGUAUAAACACAUCUGUGCAUGUGGGUUUAUACACACAAAUGUGGGGUUUUCUGUACAGGUAAUAAAGAUGGGGGAAGGUUUUUGUGUUUUCUUAAUAGGUGAAGAAAUCUUGGAAGACCAGAAAUUGCAACUUACUGAAUGUUAAAUUAUUAAAAAAAAAAAAAAAAAAAAAAAAUUAGAAAUUGCCCGGCUGUGGAAGAUGGAGCCUCAUUUUUGCAGCCACUUUGAAUCCCAAGUUCAUCUUUAAAUGCGCUGGGGCUUCUUUUGGUGGUUUUUUGGUGGUUUUUUGGAAGAGCUAAGUAACCCUGGCUGUCUCCAGGCUGACAGUGUUCCAAUGGACUUGCUUCCUCCAUUAGUUGUAAGAUGUUUGAGAGCACAUCCUAAGUUUGAAUUGUGGAUGAGAGGUUCCCUUGGCAAUGUGAGAAGGAAAAUUCUUUCUACCCCUUUGUUAUUAAUUCAUGGACUCAAGUGUUGGUUCGGCCUACAGGAGAAGGGAACUGGAUGUCUGGGAAGAUCAAAGUCUGUGCUGAAGUUGUCCAGGGUUACUUUUAAAAAGAAGAUUUCACUGCUAAGCCAGUCGAAGACUUUGAGUCCCAGAAAAGUGAAGCCAGUUCUUGCCAAGUCUGGAGGAAGACCCUGAGAGCAAACCCUGAGAGCUCAUUCCAGGAAUUUAUCCAUUAUGUCUAACCAAGGAGAUGACUGCUACUUCUACUUCUAUUCCACGUGCAACAAGGGAGACAGCUGUGCCUUCCGCCACUGUGAGGCUGCUCUGGGAAGUGAGACCGUCUGCACCCUCUGGCAGGAGGGUCGUUGUUUCAGGAACGUCUGCAGGUUCAGGCACAUGGAGAUCGAUAAAAAGCGGAGCGAGAUCGCCUGUUACUGGGAGAACCAGCCCGGGGGCUGCCAGAAGUCCAACUGUGCUUUCCAUCACACCAAAGGCCGUUAUGUCGAUGGGCUCUUCCUACCCCCCAGCAAAACCACACUCCCAAGUCCACCUGAGUCUGCAGAAGACGAUGUGAAAAUGGCUCAGAUGUCGCUGCAGCAAAACAAACUCUCUGUGCAGUCCAACCCCUCCCCACAGCUGAGGGGGGUGAUGAAAGUGGAGAACUCAGAAAAUGUCCCGAGUCCUACACACCCUCCAGUUGUCAUCAAUGCUGCAGAUGAUGAUGAAGAUGAUGAUGACCAGCUUUCUGAAGAAGGAGAAGAAACUAAAACACCUGUCCAGCAGCCAGCCACAGAAGCCCAUAAUGGAUUGAGGCUGAUUUCCACUAGGAAAUCCAAUGCUAAUACAAAGCAAGAUGACAAUUUAAAUUUCGGAAUAAAAACACUCGAAGAAAUCAAAUUGAAGAAACUGAAGGAAAAAGCCAAAAAACAAGAAGGUCCCUCAGGAGUUGCUGUUGAUCCGCUCCAAGCUCGGACAAUUCCUGUGCCAGAGAAGGAAAACGUAAGGACAGUGCUGAGAACUGUGACUCUGUCCUCAAAGGAAGGUGAGGAUCCUGUGAUCCAGCUGAAUCUUCCUGACAGACUGGGAAAACGGAAAACUCUCAUAGGUGGUAAAACCUUCCUUCCUCUGAGGCGUAACGUUGCUGACAGGCUGGGCAGGAAGACAGAGCUGCUGGAGAAUGCUGAGAAAGCCCCCAGGAGAGGCACAGUUCAAGUGCUGAAGUCCCUGAGGGAGAGGCUGGGACAGCCCUCUGACCAGAGCAGCACAGAGACAGAGAAGGCUGCCAAGCCCAUCGAGGAGAUCCGGGUGAAGACCCUGGAGGAGAUUCGGCUGGAGAGGGCGAGCCAGAGGCGGGGGGAGCCCCCGGCCAAGCCCCCCGGCGAGGCCCGGAGGGCAGAGGAGCCCAGCCCAGGGACCAGACCUGCCCCCCCCGUCCGCAUCAAAUCCCUCUCGGGAGCCCUGGCUGAGAAGAACCACAAGAGGUUGGAGGAAGAGAAGGGAAAACCGGAGGAGUUUCCUGCCAAGCCCAAAGCCGAGGGAGAGCCCAGGAGGAGCGUUCCUGCUCCGGCCGUGCCCGGCAGGGUGCAGCUGGCAGAGCCAGGGAGAGCCAAGCCAGCGGGAGAAGUGCGGAUCAAAACCUUGGAGGAGAUCAAGAGGGAGAAAGCUCUGAGGAUGCAGCAGAGCGGGGAGAACGUGCCCGCUCCUCCCGCACAGCCCGAGCCUGCCCUCAGAGGGAGGAAACUGCUGCGGGUCACAAAGCUCAUAGCACCUGGAAGAGAAGAAAAAAUGAUAGUGGAAUUGAACAAACCUUCUCCAAAAACUGUCUCUGCACCUGCAGAGCCCUCUGGUCAGAGUGCAGCUAAUUCCACAGUGCAGGUGAAGAGCCUGGAGGAGAUCAUGUGGGAGAAGCGGCAGCUGAAGCAACGCCAGGAGAAGCUUCAGAAGGAAGCAGCUGCUGUGCCAACCCCAGUGGAGAAACCAGCCAAGGAUAAAACUCCCCCAUCAGGGAGCCCUGAAUCCACCGUGGUUUCAGGACCAGCUUAUCAGCUGGGGAGGAGGAAACUGGUGAAGCCUCAGGAGGACGGGGUGGGAAGCCCAGAGAAGGACCCCACAGUGUCCCCAGGGAAAAAGGCAGCCCAGCCUCCGGAACGGAAAGCUAAAACCAAAUCCAAGGUGUGCCUGAAGCCUUUGGACGGGAGAGCCACGUCCUCCCCGAGGCAGACCCUGAAACGCAAGGCCACCGAGAGCCACCCCACUGCCGUGGUGGCCGUGAAGCCCCUCAGUGCCACCGGUGGGGACACCAAGGAGCCCUCAGCCAAGAAAGCAGCUGCGGCCGUGGCUCCUGCUUUGCCAGAGGACAGCCUGGUCUCCAUACCUCGGAGGGAAAAACCUCAAAGCAGCCCUGAGCUCCACCUCGGGAGCCAGGCAGACUCCCUGGCACACUCAGAGGUCUCCAGCUCAACUUCAGCCUCCUCAGAAGUGCCGGUGAAGCUGCGCCGGCUGAGCUCCACGGGCUCUGCCAAAGCACCUCUGUCUGUGGAAGACGACUUUGAGAAGCUCAUUUGGGAAAUCUCAGGAGGCAAACUGGAAGCAGAGAUUGACCUGGACCCAGGGAAGGACGAGGAUGACCUCCUUCUGGAACUUUCGGAGAUGAUUGACAGCUGAACUGCACAGUCUUAAAAAAAAAAAAUUAAAAAAAAAGACAAAAAAAAAACAACACCAAAAAAACC